AAAUAUGCGGAAGAGGCUGUCAUAGCAACUGCCGUCAAUCAGUUCGACUUGAUUUGAAUGACCAGACGAAAAACAGUGAAAAACGUUUAAUUUUGAAUUAUUGAGGGGAAAUAACAAUACAGCAUGGGUGACCAACAGCGGAAAGCAGUGAAUGGUGGAGAGGAGAAUAAUUCAGAUGAUAUUGAUCGCCUUGAAUUGAUGUCCACAAUUGGUUUCAAUGGAUCAAGCCAGGGCAGCUUAUCGGUGCACCCUGACAGGAAUCAUAUCGUCUAUCCCCUUGGCAACACCGUCAUCGUUGAGAAUCUCAACUCUAAGAAACAAGACUUCCUACAGGGUCACACAAACACUGUGACCUGUGUCACCAUCUCACGCAGUGGCCGCUUCAUAGCAUCCGGCCAGCAGACUCACAUGGGUUUCAAGGCCAUGAUCAUUGUCUGGGAUUACGAGAAACGUUCGGUCCACUGCAAGCUAGACCUGCAUAAGGUCAAAGUUCAAGACCUGGCCUUCUCACCCAAUGACCUCUACCUUGUGUCUCUGGGAGGUCAAGAUGAUGGCGCUAUCGUGAUCUGGGAUGUGAUGAAGAAGGAAGCAGUGUGUGGAUCAGAGGCGGCUGUCAAGAGCGCAGGGACUACGUACUGCGUUGCUGCAGCCAACCAGAGCGACUUCUUAUUUUUCUCAGGCGGAGAGCGUACAUUGCGUGUUUGGGAUCUAGACGUGGAGAAUCGAAAGAUCAGGCCUACUGAUGUAUCAUUGGGACAGCUCAAACGAAUCGUCAAGAGCAUUGUGGUUGCACCUGAGGACGACUACUUCUACUGCGCCACUACCACAGGCGACAUCCUGAGGAUCAUUGCCAGCACUAAGAUGCUCAGCUGCUACGGACCCAAGAAGGACCUCUUUGGGAUGGGCGUGACUUCACUGGUCCUUGUCAAAGACGGUACCUUCCUCCUCGGCACUGGGGACGGCACUGUGGCCCACGCAAAGUUCAUCGAUGACAAAUUCAAGGUCAUUAAGAAGAAGAAGAUUGACAAGGCUGGCCACAUUACUUCCCUUACUUUAAGAGGACAAGGUCAUCAGUUCUUUGUCGGGACGUCCAAUUCACAUAUCUACCGAUUCAACUUCUCAGAAUUCACCUAUGAAAUGAUCAGGACGUGUCAUUAUGAAGAGGUCAAUGAUAUCGCCUUCCCAAAAGGUUGCUCCGAGCUCUUUGUGACAAGUUCAAAGAAUGACAUCAGGGUUUGGGAGACAGCCUCCUGUAAAGAGCUCAUGCGUAUCAAUGUCCCAAACAUGGAGUGCCAUGCUGUCUGCAUCAUGCCUGAUGGCAAGAGCAUCGUUUCUGCAUGGAAUGAUAACAAGAUUCGUAGUUUCCUGCCCCAGUCUGGGAAGCUGUUGUAUGAGAUUGCCGACGCCCAUAAUAAAGCAGUGACGGCCCUGGCAGUCACCAGUAAUAACAAGCGUAUCAUCAGUGGAGGAGGAGAGGGUCAAGUGCGUGUUUGGGAUAUCUUCCCUAGAGAGCAGAAGCUCCGGCAGACCUUGAAAGAGCACAAGGGCGUGGUAGCCUUUGUCCGAGUCAACCAUUCCGACACAGAGUGUGUCAGUGCCAGCACCGAUGGAACCUGCAUCAUCUGGGAUCUUCAUAAAUUUGUACGGAGCCAGGUUGUGUUUGCCAACACCCUGUUCAGGUGUGUGUGCUACAGUGCUGAGCAGAGCCAGAUCAUUACAUGCGGUACAGACAGGAAGAUUGCAUACUGGCAGGCCGGGGAUUCCAGCCAGAUCCGUGAGGUGGAAGGGUCUAAGGGAGGCGCUAUCAAUGCCAUGGACAUGUCUAGUGAUGGCAGUAACUUUGUGACCGGUGGUGAUGAUGCUCUUAUCAAGGUAUGGGAUUAUGUAAAUGGUGUCGUAACCAGCAUCGGUGUCGGACACUGCAGCGAAAUCAAGCGCCUGCGCAUCUGCCCUCAUCAAAAGUACAUCAUCAGUGUCAGCAAAGAUGGAGCUAUCUUCCGCUGGAAGUACCCCUCCAACUGCAGUCUUUGAAGAUUGAAGAUAGCAGCACAAAUUUGAUCCUUUGGUAGGUAGUGCUGAAGAGAUAAGCUACUGUGAAAAGGGAUUCAGGUAUCUCUAGGGGAGAAAGGAAAGAGUUUAAGAGACUUUUUUCCCUGUUUGUGAAAAAUUUACCUCUGCCAGCUUUUUGAGACUUGUGUUUAUAUCUUUUUCUGUCAUUGCCAGACAAAAAAUUACAUAUGAUUUAUAAAGAUAGUUUCAGAGACAUUAAAAUGGAAUCAGUUUGUUGGAAACUGUCAAAGGGCAUUCAUGAUUUACUGACAAAUUUGAGAGAAAGAACUUGUGAUACUCUAGGAAAGGAAGCUGUUAUCACCUCUUGUUAUGUAAUAUGGCUGACAAUUAUUCUUGUUGUGAAAGAAUGAUCCUAUUUUGGGGCCUUCAAAUUUAUGAACUAAACCCUAGAUUAUUCUUUUGUUCUGAAAACUUCGGUGAAAAAAGUAUACAAAAUAAAAUUGUAUUCCUAAUUUUGAUUUCAGAUAUUCAUAAUUUUUGUUGGAAAAAGUUUGCAGGUAUGAGAUCGUAAUGGGGAAAAUAUUUUGGUUUGAAUAAAGAAAAAAAAGAUGCAUUUGACUUUGAUUUAUGUUGUAUUUUCAUGUGCAGAUUGUAUAUGGCUUUAAGUCAAAUAAGACUUUGGCUUUCUUGUGUAACUCAAUGAUAAGACUAUAGACUGGAAGCCAACGCAAAGGCCCAUUAGUUUGUUAUAAUAAACUUUGAAUUCUGGCAGUCUUGAUUAAGCAAACCUUUCUCUUUAAAAAUGUUCCAUCUGGAUUCUUUUUCCAUUUAUCUGUGUUUAGGAUAGGAUCAUCUGCAUGUGCCCCCCCCCCCCCACUUGACACAUAAACUAUAUAUGAAUUCACAGCAUACAGACUCCCUCCCCAAUAAAAUUUGGUGACAUUUUUCUUUUAGAUAUUAGAAUAAUACGAUUUUCGUCAUGACUCACAAAUCUUGAAACCUUGAUGAAAAUUAAAUUAUAUAAAAAGUAACUGAUUUGUACCAAACCUUGAAAAGCGAUAUUUGACACGGCAAUAUGAAUGAUCCGUCCAGCCAUAAAUCUAUUUAUGUCGCCCUCAUGAUAUUUCUACCUGAUUUGCACCUUGAUUUGGUCUCGUCGUGUUGACAAGUGACACAGAGUUGUUCCUUUGAUUUAGAUAUAGAAGUAGAUAUGAUUUUUAUUUCAUUCCGGACUUAAUUUUGAGUUAAGAAAAAAAGGUUUUUUGUUAAGAAUGUGAACAAAAAUCUCAAAGAUAUGCUGAAAGAGAAAGAAUAUUGAAAAUUAUAUAUGUAUCAUUCAUAAGAAAAAAACUAUUGGCAUAUCAUUUUGAUGUUUGUCACAAAAAGCAGCGUUUUCAUAUUGUUAAUGAAAUUUUAUUUACCGCAUAUUUGGAGUCUUGGUAAUUGUAGUACCGUAUAACACAUUGUAAACUCAAUGGAAUUCUAUGGAGGUACAAAUAGUUUAUUUAUCUUUAGCAAAAUCAAGAAAAUAACAUGGUGGUUAUACUUCGAUGUAACCCAAUAGAAAUCAUAAAAACAUUCCUAGCUCAAACUUAAUUUGAAGUUAAUGUUGUAUAUAUUUCUAAGGCAUUCUAAAUGUAUCCAUCAUAGAUUUUUCAUUUUAAUUUAGAAUACUUGUAUGAAUUCAAUUGUCUAUUAACAUAAACAAAUUUGUAUGAAUUCAAUUGUCUAUUUACAUAAACGCAUUCUACAAAUAGAAUACUUGUAUGAAUUCAAUUGUCUAUUUGCAUAAACAUAAACACAUUCUACAUAUAAAUUACAUGUACAUUUACUGAACUCUAAGUUUUGUGUGAACUUCUGUAACAUAGUAUACCUAUGAAAUGUUUGUAAGAUACAUGAAUUGCACAUAUUAUGACAGAUUUAAUAAAUAAAAACUUUUGUUUUAUGGACCUGAA